GAAAGUAUUUAUUAUAAAAUAUGGAAGAAUUAACGCACCAAAAAGUAAUAAAAAUCAAAAUUGAUCCUUAAAGAUAGGCAACUAGAAUUAUUCAGGACUACAUACAUAUUAAAUAUCUAAAAAUGAUUUACAUCCUGAAGGACAAUAUUUAUUUGUGUUUUAGAGAGAAAAAAAUAAUUUUCUAUUGUGCUACUAAAAAUAUUGCUGUCAUUGAAUAAAGUCCGAAUUCUAACCUCUGAAUUGUGACAGUAAUAAAGAACCACAUAAUUUUUAGCAUGCAUUUGCAAUGCUUACUGCAAAAAACGUUUAUUACUAAUUUAACUAAAUUAAAUAUUAUACGAGUGGUUAAGUAUUCAGUUAGUUCCUCGAAUGAUGCGAACUCUUUUUACUUUAAAUCAAAUUUUUCGAAAGAAGAACAAACCAAGAUUUUAAAUACGUUAAAUGACUCCAAUACUAAUCACUUAUCAAGAUUUCGUGUUCCAAAGAAUAGAAUUAAAAAUAUUCAUUCAUGGAAAAACAAGAAAGGUCCAUUUAGAUCCUUACACGAAGUACUUGAGGUGGAUGGUUUAGGUGAAAAACUAUUGCACAGAAUAUGUCAAGAUAUAAUAAACGAAAAAUGUGAUAAUAAUAUACUUGAUUCUACAGAAUUAACUAAAAAUAAUUCAAAAAAUAAACGACAAAAACAGAUUAUUACUCCACCUAUUAACGGACAAAUUUUAAAUAAACUUACAUCUGCAGUAGGUGUACAUUUGUCCCCCAUAGGUAUAAGUUGGGCUAAAUUAUCUCAAGAACAAAAUAAAUUAGUGAAUUGGAAUUUUGAUAGUUUUAAUAAUUUACCUAAAAAAAUGAUGCCUAACGAUAAUUUUGAUAUGGUUAUUAACAUUAUCAGAAAAAUACCAUCGAGUGAUGUUUAUAUUUUUGAAACUUCACCCUCUAUGGGUCCACAAAAUCAAACUUCAGCAUCAGCUUAUUCCCAACAACUCGAAUUAAGUGCUAUGUUAUUUACAUUACUGAAUACCAGCGUGCAUCACAAUGUUACUUUACGAAAUGUUAAUGAUACAAAUACACCGUCACCUACGUCAAUUGAAAAUAGAGUAUUCUAUCUUAAGUCUAGGUUAUCGGCAAGAUUGUUCAGUACAUUAGUGGGACAAGAAAAAGUGGCUGCUGUAACUACAAUAAAUGAAUUAUUAAACGAUAAUGUAGAAACCAGUGAAGCAUCUCUACCUUGUACAAAAAUUAUGGUAGAACAGCAACUGAAAGCUGCAUUUGAUUCUCAAACACCAGUCAAUAAAGAAUUGUUAGGACAAGCUUUGAUGCUAGUGAUAACGUUCAUGGAUUUAUGUGUUUACAAAAAUCCAGCUGCAUUAGAUGCUGUUUUUUCUGUAUCAAAGAAAAAUAAAAAAUAAAAUGAGUAUGUACAUAA